AUGUCGAAGACGAGCGGGCACAGCGCCGUCAACGGACAUAUCGUGACUUCUUCGAAGAUCGCCGUCGACAAUGCCCGCGACACGAGUCCUCCUGUCGACAUCUUCAACGCCGUAUCAGUCGCACAGAUCAAGGCGACGCUCUCACACCUUCAUGAUCAAGAUGCCUCAGUGACCGCCCGGCUGGAUGCGCUGGUUGCGUCCCAGAAUGAUUUCUCUAGAGAAUUGGGCCGGCUGGAUUUGUUACGAGCUCACUUGGGUACCCAGGCCAGCACGACCAGGUCCGUUAGCCACGGCAUGCUCUCGGACGCUGCGGCCACCGCGGACCGGAUCUCCAACGCUGUCAGGAAGCUGGAUCUCGAACAGGCAAGAGUCAAGGCAACGCUGCAGGUGGUGGAGCAGGUGGCAGAGCUCAAGGCAUGUGUCUUGGGUGUGGCUGGCUCCAUGGAAGGUCCGCAGGACUGGGAGACAGCGGCCAGCUAUCUGAGCCGAGCGUCCAAGAUUCCGCCGGAGGUGGUCAAUGGGGCCUUUGCGGAGGAGAUUGUACCGACAGCGGAGGUGCCUGAUCCUCCCAGCGUCACGUUGCACAAUGCUGCUGAGUCUCUCUGCGGUCUGUUCCUGCGCGAGUUCGACAAGGCCGUCAAGGACAAUAAUGGUGCCAAGAUCACUCGGUUCUUCAAGCUAUUCCCGCUGAUUGGCAGGUCGGAGGUUGGACUGGAGGUGUAUGGACGAUACGUAUGUCAGGGCGUCGCAUCACGGGCGCGGACAAACCUCAAUGCUGGGGCGGCAAAUUCUCAGGAUGGCUUCUUCUACGCUGGUGCUCUGACGAAGCUUUUUGAGCACAUCGCUCAGAUCAUUGAGGGGCAUGGCCCGCUGGUGGAGCGUCAUUACGGAGCUGGCAAGAUGGCGCGGGUGAUAGAGCGUUUGCAAGUAGAGGCGGAUGUCCAGGGUGGAAUCAUACUGGACACCUGGAGAGACGAAAGGAAUAUCGACCGCAAGCUGACUGAUGUAAAGUCCUAUGCUUUUACCUUUCUAGUGCAGAGCUUUCUUCCUGCGCAGCGCGCGGCGGGGACGCCUCGAACGGGCUCUCCGGUCAGUAAGGAUGGGAGUCAGGGAGACCAGACGGAGGAGGAAGGCGUUGACAUGAAGGAGGUGGACGCGGUCUUGAAUGAGAUGGCGGUUAUGCUUGAGCGAUGGUCACUGUACUCCAGGUUCCUUGCGGAUAAAUGCAGGGAUCCGGAAGACAACGAGGACGCUUUUACACUGCCUGAGUUUGUGGCAGAGUCGACUCUCGCCAGGAAGAUUUCGGAGCGGGUCAUCACCCCUUUCAAUGCCAUGACCACGUUCUUCUCUCGCCGCUCCGUCGAGAAGGCCUUCCAGCUGGAUGAGCAGCCGUCCGGGCUGACGCUCAACCCGCACAAGCCACUACAUGCAGACCCCCCGCACAUCACUUCUGCAGUCGACGAUAUCAUGUACAUUGUAAACAAGGUCCUCCGGCAGUCUCUCGCUACCGCUCAGAGGAGCGUCGUGCUGAAUACCGUGCCUACACUGUCUCGAGUGCUGGGUACUGACUUCAUCGGUAUGAUACAGCGGAGGAUGCGCGACGAAUGCUACCCCAAAGCACCUGUUCACGGCGGGCAGCCGCCGGAGCAGAUUGUCAUUGCAUUCUUGGUACUCAUCAACAACUUGGACGUGGCUGUCGACUACAUCCGUCGCAUUGUCCAAGACCACGUGGAGCCGAAAGAGCCUGUCCAGCCACAGACUGCAGAGCGCUCGACGGGUGAUGGUGAAAGCGGACUGCAUGUGUUGUUUCCACUUGAUGACGAUGCAUUGGCGGUCGCUCAGUCGCUGCGAUCUCUCUCCAACUCGUUCGACUCGAAGGCCAGUGAUCUGCUAUCCGACGGUAUCCAGGUUGUUUUCAACAAUGUCGUCAAGCAUCGUCUACGGCCCAUCCUGGCUGACGCCUUUCGCGACAUCGAGUAUCAGCCGCGCGGAGACCGCGAUCCGACCAGCACAGUGUACCACAGCUACGACGAUGAGGACAUGGAUGAGGAGACUCUCCGUGCGGAGCUGGUCCGACCCCGUUUUGCGACAGGCUGGUCGGGGCUUAUGCUGCCCAUCGCGCGAAUCUUAACGCCGUCUGCGUUUGACCGUCUCCUGGGCGUGACGGUGGCAUACCUUGCGCGGCUGCUCGAGAAGCGAUUAUGGUCAUACCACGGCCGGGUCAACGCCCUGGGCGCAACGAGACUCGAGCGCGAUGUGUCCGGCAUCGUCAACGCUGCGGUGGAUGUGACCAGCGGCCACGGAGCGCCAGCACGCUACCGGCAUCGGGAGGUCUUUGCACGGUGCUUGCAGAUGGUGCUGAUCAUGGGCAUGGACGACGACGAGUGGCAGGAUGUUGUUCAAGGCGGCGAGACGGCAGAGAUGGUAGACAAGCUCAGCGCGGAGGAGCGAAGCAGAGCGCGAGCAAUAGUCAGGUAG